AUGGCUGAUACGAACGAACCACCUAUACCGGAGUUUGUCUCUGAAGAAGCUACGUUCAAUGAACCACAAGGCACUGAAGCUGAUUUUGAGCUGUAUGAGGUCGUUGAAGAAUCGGCGAGUAAGAUCAAUGCCGGAGACGUUGGUGGUAAUACUACACAUGAUGAUGAUUAUGCAGAAGACGAAGCGGAGGAAGACGAAGCAGUGGAAGACGAAGAAGUCGAAGACGAAGAAGUCGAAGACGAAGACGAAGAAGUCGAAGACGAAGCCGAUUGCGAAGACCAAAACGAGACUUAUAUCAUAGAGAACAAGAAAGAACAGCCCGAAGAGAGCGAUGUUGGUGACGAAGAGGAACCAGACGAGGAGUUGGUCAUUGAGCAGGAAAGUCAAUCCUUGUUCUACCAUGCUGGACGAUUCACGUGGACCGGGGAAGCUGCAAGUAAUGCGAAGCAUGGCAAGGAAACUCACAAGGCACAAGGCCUGCUCUGCGUGCAAGCACUUGUUGGUUAG